ACACUAGUGUUUUGCGAAGCGAAGUGCUCUAGAUUAAUUGUAUUGUGAAUAUUGAUAUGCAAAUUGCAAUUGACAUAACAUAAAUAAAAAAAUAAUUUUAAAGUCACAGAAUCUUCAAGAUGAAUCUGCAAAGAAUUAUAAACAAAGUUUGUGCGCAACCUUUACUGACAAACACCAAAAAUGUUUUCUCUAUUUUAUCCAUUCGAUUAAAACACGAUAAAAAUGAUCUAGAAGAACACAAAAAGAAAGUAAUGGCCCGAGGCUUGCCAGAAAAGAAACCCUUGCCUGGUGUUAAAAGUAUCAUUCUUGUCGCAUCUGGUAAAGGAGGGGUCGGAAAAACAACAACUGCUGUAAAUCUAGCAUGUGCAAUGAAGGUGAUAGAGCCGGACAAAGAGAUAGGUCUAUUAGACGCUGAUGUGUUUGGACCGUCUGUACCUCUCAUGAUGAACAUCAGUGGGGAGCCCAUGCUGAAUGAUAACCACCUUAUUGAGCCCCUGCUUAACUAUGGAGUUAAAUGUAUGUCAAUGGGUUUACUAGUCUCCGGUGAGAAUGCGGUGGUGUGGCGCGGGCUGAUGGUGAUGCAAGCAUUGGACAGACUGACCAGGCAUGUGGCGUGGGGCCCACUAGACUGUCUCGUUGUCGACACGCCUCCGGGCACGGGAGAUACGCAUUUGUCACUUGCACAGAAUUUGCCAAUAGAUGGUGCAAUUGUUGUGACAACACCUCAGUCCGCCGCACUGCAAGUCACAAAACGCGGUGUAAAUAUGUUCGAAAAGCUUAAAGUUCCUAUCGUAGGCCUAGUGGAGAACAUGUCUCAUGCAAUGUGUUCAAAUUGCGGCACAAAGAAUUUUAUAUUCGGCAACGAAACAAAGAAGACAGCAAAUGAGAUGGGUUUGGAUAUUAUAGAGAGCUUUGAAGUUGAUGCCAAUAUGUCAGAGUGCAUAAAUAGCGGAAAGCCAGCAAUAUAUGCAUUACCUGAUAGCAUACAUGCGGAGAAAUACAGACGAUUAGCCAACAGAGUGUUCAAAUACAUAGCGGAUAAGGAUAUACAACAUGCUAAAGCCAAGGAGCAGUAGGUACAAAACAUUUACAAGUAGUUGUUGGAUUUUAUUUAUUUUUAAAUAUUUUACAAAUAUAUCCGUUAUAUAAAA